CGGGACAGGGGGGAGGGAGAGAGGGAGGGAGGGGGAAUCCUUCUUCAGCCGGCUGCAGCCAGCCACGCUGCUUUUCAACUGGCUGUUGUGGAGCUGGCUGGGAGGGAGGGAGCAGCAUGGGCCCGAUGAGCUGCGCCCGUGUCCUAUAGGAACACGAGAGUACUACCCGCCGGAGUGGAUCCUCUUCGGCUGCUACCACGGCCAGCCAGCCACCAUCUGGUCCCUGGGCAUCCUGCUCUAUCACCUGGUGUGCGGGCACCUUCCUUUCAAAACCACAGAGGACAUCGCCCUGGGCAAGCUCUUCUUCCCGCCCUGGGUGUCUCAAGAGUGCCAGCACCUCAUCAGGUGGUGUUUAUGCAUGGACCCCACAGACAGGAAGACCUUGUAGAGCACUCAUGGCUGCAAAAGCCCCACGUGGCCCAGGAGACAGCAGAGAUCCAUCCCUGUGCACAGUAGGAUCCAGGAGCCCAGCAAGUACCAGCUGCUGGCAUCUUGUGGUGCUCAAAGAAAUGCCCAGAACGUUUCCCUGUGGCCGUGGCGUGGAGCAGAGAGCGCAGCCCAAGAGAUGCUUCCGCUGGUCCCCUGCAAGUUGUGGAGGGAACAGCUCAGGGCUCCCUGUCCUGUUGGAGAAGUCAUGGCACAGAGCGGUGAAGUUGCCCCGGAUUGGAAAAGGGGAAACAUUCCCCUGCAGCUCAAUGGCAUCAUGAUGUCCCCGCAAGCCGAGGCACAGCUGGUGUGUUCUUGUGGAUCACGACGCGGAGCUGGAAAACGCCAUCCUCAAGCUGGCUGCUGGUGGGGCAAAGCCGAUGGGCUUUGGUUGUGGCCCCUUUCUGGGGGACACGCUCUGUACCCCGACAAAAUCAAGAUGAAUCCCCAGCUGGCGCAGGGGCG